AUGUCAGGCGGUUCGAUAAAAUGCUUACAAGUUGUAGUUGCUAUAUUGUGCAUUCUGCAAUUCAUUUUAGGAGUAAUCUUCCUGAUAAUGGGUGGUGUGGGUUUAAACAAAUCGGGAUCUGGAGCGGAAACAAAAUCAGCCGCCAUUUUUCUGCUCGUCGUCGGCGGCGUCAUCGUCGUUGUCGCCCUGUUCGGCUUGUGUGGAGCGAUCAUCAAGCAUGCCUGCCUUCUCAUUUCUGUUACGAACGCCACAGGCCGCUACUUCAACGACAGCAUGACCAAGUACAAGGAGGAUGGCGCCAGCAGGAACUUCAUCGACAGCAUGCAACUCAGCGUCGGUUAA